UUUCUAACUAGAAUGUUACCAAGCCACGCCGGAUCGGCAUCAGCAGGACACGGGGCCGCUUCAGGCAGGGGUAACACGGGGUACGGGCCGGGGGUAGUUGGUAGCGGGAUUCGUCCUGUCUUGGUUAGAACAGGACAAAAUAUAGCUGCAAUCAGCGGAAGCUCCGGUGUAGUUGGGCGGCAGGGGGACGGGGUCGGGAUGUUGGGGGGAAACGGUCAAGGUGUCGUUCCAAGAGGCGGGGUACGACCAGGGAACGGCACGGGACUGACCACGCUGCAGACCUCAGGACAGGCAGCAAUGGGGGGUUUAAAUACGGGAAUUGGUAUUCACGGAGGCAGCCGGUUCAACACUGAGAAAGAUUGUGCGCCGAUGUGCAGCGGGUCAGAUGCUGACUCGGAGUCGGGGGAGGAUGACGACCCUAUGGGUUCAAUCGGGGACAGCCGGAGAGGUGUGAAGCGUGAGAGAGCGGAGAUGGAGGCUACUGUCAUGGGGCAUGAGCUAGGGGUACAGCCCGGGGGAUAUGGAGGGGUCCCCGGAGGAGUCGCCGGGGCAAAACCAGGAAAAAAAACACGUGGGCGCGUGAAGAUAAAAAUGGAAUUUAUUGACAACAAGUUGAGGCGAUACACAACGUUUAGCAAGAGGAAGACUGGGAUCAUGAAGAAGACACCUCUGCUGGAGGAAGGGUUCCCUGUUAUCUUCUCCUCCCCUCCCCCCUGUCUCCCCCAGACCCCCAUGUCCUCCCCCCAUCACCUGGCCGCCAGGAACUGUCUGGUGAGCAGCCAGCGGCAGGUGAAGGUGUCGGCGUUGGGCCUCAGCCGGGACGUGUACAGCAGUGAGUACUACCACUACCGGCAGGACUGGGUCCCGCUGCGCUGGCUCCCAGCAGAGUCUGUGGUUGAGGACGACUUCUCCACCAAGUCAGACGUGUGGGCCUUCGGGGUGCUGAUGUGGGAGGUGUUCAGCCUGGGGGAACUUCCCUACACCAAACUCAGCGAUGACGAGGUUCUGGAAGCUCUGCAGGCAGGGAGGUUGAAACUCACAGCCCCUGAGGGUUGUCCCUCCAGGGUCUACCAGCUCAUGCUACGCUGCUGGUCCAGCCUGAAGGAACGGCCCUGCUUCAGCGAGAUUGUCUCGGUGCUGGGAGAUCUGCCCUCCGACAGCAAGGUCUGA